AUGUGGGUACUUAUGGGGAGCUCUGCCAUUGCUGUUGCCGGUUCAUGUGAGGCUUCUGCUAUUGAUUGGAUUGGUGUUAAUUUUCAGUGGUCGGUUGAUAGUUGUGUACUUGCUAUGGCUAUUUCAGGUCUAUCCACCACAACCCCAAUCUUGACAAUCUUUAACACUCUGCUCCGCCACUAUUCACUUAGUCACGUCCCUGAAGAAGCUCUCUUACUCUUCAAACACAUACAACACCAACACCAAAACCAAUACCAAACCAUCUCUUUUGAUAGCUUCACUUACUCUUUCCUUAUAAAAGCCUGCGCUAAUGUACAGCGACCCAGAAUAGGUAUUCAACUCCAUGGUCUCACUAUCAAAGCAGGCUUCGAGUUCCACGUUUACGUGCAAACUGCUUUGGUUAACAUGUAUGCUGAUUGUGGGUAUUUGAAGCCAGCUCAGAAAGUGUUUGAUGAAAUGCCUGACAGAAACUCGGUGACAUGGAACGUUUUGAUUACGGGUUUCAUAAAGUGGGGUGAGCUUGGUGUUGCUCAAUAUCUCUUUGAUGUGAUGCCAAUAAAGAAUGUGGUUUCAUGGACUGGUCUUAUUGAUGGGUACACGCGGAUGAACCACUAUAAUGGAGCUUUGGCCUUGUUUCGGAGAAUGGUUGUGAAUGAGGGAAUUAAACCAACAGAAGUAACUAUUCUUGCUGUUUUUCCGGCUAUUUGGAAUCUCAGGCGCCUUGAAUCUUGCCAAAUAAUCCAUUCUUAUGGAGACAAAAGUGGGUUUAAUGCGUCUGAUAUUCGUGUUAUGAAUUCUCUUAUUGAUGCAUAUACAAAAUGUGGGUGCGUAGAGAGUGCAAUUCGAGUUUUUGAGGAUAUGUCUGAUGAGAGGAGGAACGUGGUGUCGUGGACGUCAAUAAUAUCUGGGUUUGCAAUGCAUGGAAUGGGAAAAGAAGCUGCGGAUAGUUUUAAAAGAAUGGAAAAUGCAUGUAUGAAGCCAAAUCGAGUUACAUUCUUGAGUGUGUUAAAUGCAUGUAGUCAUGGAGGCCUGAUUGAUGAGGGGCUUGAAUUUUUCAAAAAAAUGGUGGACAAGUGUGGUGUUGUACCAGACAUUAAGCAUUAUGGGUGCUUGAUAGAUAUGUUGGGUCGUGCAGGGAGGCUUGACGAAGCGGAAAAUAUGGCUUUGGAUAUUCCUGUGGAAAUGGUUAAUGCUGUGAUCUGGAGGACGCUUUUGGGUGCUUGUAGCUUCCAUGGAAACAUUGAGGUGGGAGAGAGAGUCACGCAGAAGAUACUGGACAUGCAGAAAGAAUAUGGUGGUGACUAUGUGCUUUUGUCCAAUAUUUUUGCUGGUGCCAGUAGGCAUUCUGAUUCUGAGAGUGUGAGAAGAGCAAUGGACGAACGAAAUGCCCACAAAAUUCCUGGCCUUAGUUUGGAAGAGCAUUCAUUUGAUUUUUUCCUCACUGAUUAUGUUGAAGUUUUGUUUUCCUUCCCCAGAGGACANCAUAGGACAAGUUUUUGCACUACCCUGGCAGUCUUGGGAGGAAAGAACUUGGCGUCUCAGAUAUCUGAGAGAAUGGUUGCACUCUCAGGUGGAGUUCUUUUCAUUGCUUUCGGGAUUCUGUCCUUUCUUUCCACUGAUGAGACGUAAGGUCUGUAACAUUCAGUUGUGGAUGAAAUUUUAAUCCCAAGUCUUCUCGUACAAUUUUGUUGGGUCGAGC